AUGGCCAGUGUCGAAGGACUCCGCGUAAUCGUAGCCGGCGCAGCAACAGGCGUCGGCGCCGGCACCGCAAAGCUCCUCGCCGCCCGCGGCGCCAAAGUCGUCGUCGCCGACAUCAACAUCUCGGCCGCCAAACAGGUCGGCGAGGAAAUCACCGCGGCCGGCGGCAGCGCCCUCGUCGUCGAGUUCGAUCUCUCGGACGAGGAGUCCAUCAAGAACCUGAUUGCCCAGGGCACCGAGUGGCUCGGCGGCGGGCUUGACAGCCUGCUCAACAUCGGCGCCGACCUGAGCCCUCAGAACCUGGGCAACGACAAGUCGGUGCUCGAUAUGGACGCCGCCGUGUGGCAGCGCACGUUUUUGGUGAAUACUACGGGGUAUGCUCUUACGACCAAGUAUGCGCUGCCGCAUUUGAAGGCGGCUGGCGGGGGCACGAUUAUCAACAUUUCCAGUAUGGGCGGCCACUACAUGGGCACACCGGAGCCGAUUCGCGUAGCCUACGCAGCCUCAAAGGCCGCCGUGCACGCCCUCACCCGGCACACGGCAGCAACCUACGGCCCGGACAACGUCCGCUGCAACACCGUUGCUCUCGGCCCCAUCCUCACGGCCGCCCUCGAGAGGGGCAUCGCCGCCAGCCCGGCCAUGCAGGAGGGCCUGAAGAGGGUCCCCCUCCGGAGACUGGGUAAGCUGGAGGAGGUUGGCGCGCUGUUGGCGUUUAUGAUUUCGCCUGAUGCGGCGUACAUUACUGGUGAUAUUUGGUCCAUCAACGGUGGAACUCACGUCAUGACGUAUUAG